AUGGCCUCCGCCGCAGCACGUCCCCUUGUCACCGUCCAAACCCUAGAAGGAGAUAUGGCCACCGAUUCUCCAACCAACCUCCCCAUUCCCGAUGUCAUGCGUGCUUCAAUCCGUCCUGACAUCGUCAAUUUUGUCCACUCCAACAUCUCAAAUAACGGUCGUCAGCCCUACGCUGUCAGCCGUCGUGCCGGUCAUCAAACCUCCGCUGAGUCAUGGGGAACUGGUCGUGCCGUUUCCCGUAUCCCUCGUGUUGCUGGUGGUGGAACUCACCGUGCCGGGCAGGCAGCGUUCGGAAACAUGUGUCGUGGUGGUAGGAUGUUUGCUCCAACCAGGAUCUGGCGUAGGUGGCACCGUAAGAUCAAUGUUAACCAGAAGCGUUACGCGGUUGUUUCCGCCAUUGCUGCUUCAGCAGUCCCCUCUCUCGUUCUCGCUCGUGGUCACAGGAUCGAGUCUGUUCCUGAGUUUCCUCUCGUUGUUGGUGAUUCAGCUGAGGGAGUUGAGAAAACAAAGGAAGCUAUCAAGGUUCUGAAGAAGAUCGGAGCUUUCCCCGAUGCUGAGAAAGCAAAAGACAGCCAUGGGAUUCGUCCUGGAAAGGGGAAAAUGCGUAACCGUCGAUAUAUCUCUCGUAAGGGUCCACUCAUUGUUUACAGCACCGAAGGAGCCAAAGCCGUGAAAGCUUUCAGGAACAUUCCUGGUGUUGAGAUAACCAAUGUGGAGAGAUUGAAUAUUUUGAAGCUUGCACCUGGUGGACAUUUGGGUAGGUUUGUGAUUUGGACCAAAUCUGCAUUUGAGAAAUUGGAUUCGAUUUACGGGUCGUUUGAUAAGCCUUCUGAGAAGAAGAAAGGGUAUGUUCUACCUAGGGCUAAGAUGACCAACUCUGAUUUGACUAGGAUUAUUAAUUCUGAUGAGGUUCAAUCUGUUGUGAGACCUAUUAAGAAGGAUCUUAAGCGUGCAACUCUUAAGAAGAAUCCUCUUAAGAAUCUUAAUGUUAUGCUUAGACUUAAUCCUUAUGCUAAGACUGCUAAGAGGGCGGCUUUACUUGCUGAGGCUCAGCGUGUUAAGGCUAAAGCAGAGAAGCUUGAUAAGAAGAGGAAGACUGUUUCUAAGGAGGAAGCUUCUGCUAUCAAAGCUGCAGGAAAAGCUUGGUACAACACUAUGGUCUCAGAUUCUGAUUAUACCGAGUUUGACAACUUCUCUAAGUGGCUGGGGGUUUCACAGUGA